ACCAUAAACACUGUAUCAGAGGUCAUUCGAGGGUGCCAGAUGAAUCAAGACUACUUUGCCUCUGUAAAUGCACCUUCUAAUCCACCAAGGCCUGCAAUUGUGGUACUUCUGAUGUCCAUGGUGAAUGAACGGCAGCCUUUCGUGCUACGUUGUGCUGUUCUCUAUUGUUUCCAGUGCUUUCUCUACAAAAACCAAAAAGGCCAAGGAGAAAUCGUGUCAACACUUCUACCAUCUACUAUUGACGCUACAGGUAACUCUGUCUCAGCUGGUCAGCUGCUCUGUGGAGGCCUCUUUUCCACGGACUCCCUCUCUAACUGGUGUGCUGCUGUGGCCCUGGCCCAUGCAUUGCAGGAGAAUGCCACUCUGAAAGAACAGCUCCUUAGAGUUCAGCUUGCCACCAGCAUCGGCAAUCCACCUGUGUCACUGCUGCAGCAGUGCACCAACAUCCUCUCACAGGGCAGCAAAGUCCAGACCAGGGUUGGACUUCUGAUGUUACUUUGCACUUGGCUCAGCAACUGCUCCAUUGCUGUCACCCACUUCCUUCACAAUCCAGCCAAUAUACCUUUUCUCACAGGGCAGAUAGCUGAAAACCUAGGAGAAGAGGAGCAGCUUGUCCAAGGCCUGUGUGCACUUUUGCUUGGCAUUUCCAUCUACUACAAUGACAAUUCCCUUGAAAAUUACAGGAAAGAGAAGCUGAAACAACUGAUUGAGAAGAGGAUUGGCAGGGAGAACUUCAUUGAGAAGCUUGGCUUCAUUAGCAAACAUGAACUUUAUUCCAGAGCUGCUCAGAAACCCCAGCCUGGUUUUUCUAGCCCAGAGCACAUGAUGUUUGAUCAUGAAUUCACCAAGCUUGUGAAGGAAUUGGAAGGUGUCAUAAGUAAAGCUAUUUACAAGUCCAGUGAGGAAGAUAAAAAGGAGGAGGAGGUCAAGAAGACAUUAGAACAGCAUGACAACAUUGUGACUCAAUACAAAAAAGUCAUCAGAGAGCAGGACCAGGAGCUUGAAGAACUGAAACAACGAAUUACCGCUUUAAUGUCUCAAAAUGAACAGCUCCAAGCAACAGUUACCCAGCAAGUGUCACAGAUCCAACAGCAUAAGGACCAAUAUAAUCUCCUUAAAGUACAGCUAGGAAAGGACACUCAACAUCACAAUUCUCAUGGGGAUACGUUUCAGAUGAAUGGCAUUCAGACAGAAGAAGUGAGCAAACUGAAAGAGGAGUUGGAAGAAUGGAAAAACAAGCAUGAGCUGCUGCAAGGGCAGAUAAGGGAAAAGGAUUUUCUGAUUGAAAAAUUGAAGUCUUCACAGUUGGAAAUGGGAACAACAGAGCUGUCUUCACAGAGCAGCAGAUCUGGUGGCUUGGAGCACAAAAAUGAACUACAAGAGGAGUUAGAAAUACUCAGGAGUCAACUACAACUACAGUCUGCAGAAAUCUCUCAGCUUCAGCUAGAGAAUCAAAAGCUUCGAGUAAUGAACACAACUGCAGACCCUGUGUUAGGAGACAGUGGUGACGCAGUAGGAAACAGCUGUGAAAUGGAGGGACAACUUCAGCAAGAAAUCAAAGAAUUGAAGAGUGAAGUCAAAGCCCUUUCUGAGGAAAAAGAAUCACUAAAGCAGCACCUCGAUUCAUCCAGCAGUACAGUUGCUAUCUUGCAAGAUGAGAAAAGUAAACUUCAGCAAGAAGUUGCAGAAUCAAAGAAAGAACAGGAUGAUCUUCUGGUGCUUUUGGCUGACCAGGACCAGAAACUAUCUGCACUGAAGAUCAAAUUGAAAGAUCUUGGUGUACCGGUUGAAGAUGAAGAUGAUAUUGAGUCUGGAGAUCAAGGGGAUGAAGAUGAGGAUGUGGAGGAAGAGGAGCAGGACUAG